CUCCCCACUAUAAAUUUCUCCAAGGAGCUGAGCGCGUUUUCUGUUUGGCGGAAGGCGCAGAGCGAGGGCCGAGGGGCUUGAAUUGCCAAUUGCACAUUCCACCAAAUGGCGAGGAUCAAGGUUCAUGAACUCCGAACCAAGUCGAAGACUGAUCUUUUGAAUCAGCUUAAUGAGCUUAAGGCCGAGCUUGCAUUGCUCCGAGUGGCUAAGGUCACCGGAGGUGCACCUAACAAGCUUUCUAAAAUUAAGGUUGUUAGGUUGUCCAUAGCUCGUGUGCUUACUGUUAUUUCCCAGAAGCAGAAAGCUGCAUUGAGAGAAGCAUAUAAGAAGAAGAAGUUUGUGCCUUUGGAUCUCCGGCCCAAGAAGACUCGUGCAAUCAGGCGCCGACUCACAAAGCACCAGGCAUCAUUGAAGACCGAGAGGGAGAAGAAGAGGGAGAUGUAUUUCCCAAUGAGGAAAUAUGCCAUCAAGGUCUAAUAUGAGCAGGCGAUGUUAGGUAGGACCGGUUUCUUAGGUAUAUGCGGUUUUGUUUAUCUUUUGGUUCAAUGGCAUCUCAUCUGAUGUUUGGAUGUCCGGGUAGUUGUUAUUUCAUUUUUUUGUAAUCAAAACAAAUUUGGAAGAGAAAAUCCGAGACAUUAUUUUUGGAUAGAAGCUUUUAUGUUACUUUUAUAAAGUGUAUUAGAUGGAUUGUUUCUUUAGAUUUUCAACCAUUUGGCAGAAUGGCAGUAAGAUUUUAUUUCAA